AUGAGUUUCCAAAGAGACAAUUCAAACAAUGGAGAGCUGGUGUAUCAUGCAUUGCAACUAGUAGCCUAUGCUGUUCUUGCUAUUUUAAUUAUGAGACUGAAGCUAUUUCUGACACCUCACAUGUGCAUAAUGGCUUCCUUAAUAUGCUCAAAACAGCUGUUUUGGUGGAUCUUCAACAGAGUGAAUUUUCGACUGUUUAUCUUCUCGCUAUUAGCAUGUAUGGCCAUUCAAGGUUUCACUAACCUUCAGAAUGAGUGGAACAUAAAAGGCGAGUUCAGCAAUUUACCUCAAGAAGAACUGUUAGAGUGGAUACAAGUUCACACAAAACCAAAUGCAGUAUUUGCUGGAGCAAUGCCUACAAUGGCAAGUAUUAAAUUAUCAACUGGUCGGCCCAUUGUGAAUCACCCACAUUACGAAGAUGCAGACUUAAGAGCUCGGACUAAGAUGGUUUAUUCAAUGUAUAGUCGGAAACCUGCUCAGGAAGUGAAAAGGGUGCUAUAUAAGCUUGGAGUUGAAUACUUUAUAUUAGAAACUGCUUGGUGUACUCGGAGGACUAAGCCCGGGUGCAGCAUGUCGGAAAUAUGGGAUAUUGAAGAUCCUUCUAAUUCUGGGAACCAACCCUUAUGUAUUUUACUGGCUAAAGAAUCAAUGCCUUACUUUUACACAUUGUUCCAAAAUAAUGUUUACCAAGUUUUGAAACUUGCCUAAGAAUCAUAAAUUGCCUGUUACAUAUCAUUCUAGAUUUCCACAAAAAACUAAAUAAAUAGAUUUUUAAUAGAAGCUAAUUUUACAAAUAUUUGUAAUUGGAUAUUUUGUAAAGUAUAACAUGCUAUGCAAGUCAUUAUCACACAAAAUAUUAUUUGGUGAUAUAUUUAAACAUUCUCUACAACUGGGCCAGCUGCAAUUGUUUUGCUUAAUGUUGCUUAAUUUUUUGGCAAGUGCAAGUUAUUAUACAAAUUAAAAACUGCCUUCAAAUUAAAGCUAAUGGCAGCAUUUUAUAUUAUGAAGAUUUCUCCAAAAGUAUAUGUGAAAAGGGAUAAACACAUUGUAUAUAUGUAGGCAAUGCAAGUUAAAAAAAAAAAAUCUAGCAGAUAAUCUUUCACUUAAAAAAAGGCAUAUAUGUAGUAAAUGAAAUAUGUUUUUGAACCACUAUUGACCAGUUCUUAAUUUUAUAAUCUGAACCAUCAGACUGAAAUAAUUUAUGUUGAUUUCAGUAUGUACAAGAACAUGCUUAUGAAUUUAAAGGGACAGUCUAGUCAAAAUUAAACUUUCAUGAUUUAUAUAAGGGCAUGCAAUUUUAAACAUCUUUCCAAUUCACUUUUAUCGUCAAAUUUGUUUUGUUAUCUUGGUAUUAUUGGUUGAAAGCUAAACCUAUGUAGGCUCAUAUGCAAAUGUUUAAUCCCUCGAAGGCCGCCUUUUAUCUCUAAGCAUUUGACAGUUUUUAACAGCUAGAGGGCACUAGCUCAUGUGUGCCGUAUAGAUAACAUUGUGCUCACGCCUGUGGAGUUACUUAUGAAAGGGCACUGAUUGGCUAAAAUACAAGUCUGUCAAAAUAACUGAAAUAAGGGGACAGCUUGCAGAGGCUUAGAUACAAGGUAAUCACAGAGGCAAAAAGUUUAUCAAUAUAACCGUGUUGGUUAUGCAAAACUGGGGAAUGGGUAAUAAAGGGAUCAUCUAUCUUUUUAAACAAUACAACAUCUGGAGUAGACUGUCCCUUUAAUAUUUUUUAUGUUCUGAACAGUAUAAAAAGGGAAUUCUGUUUUUUAAUUUCAUGUUUAAUUAAGACAUUAUUUGUGAAGAUCACCCACUCAAAAUAAUUUUUUACAAUAUUGUAUGAGCAGAAGCUUUUAUUUUGUGAUAAUUACAGGAUCUUCCCUUUACAUAAAAAAGGCAUCCACUGUCAGUAUCUAUAAUCAUCCUUCCUAUUUUCAUCCAUCUUAUUAAAGGCAUUAACAUA